AUGUGGUGGAUGUACCAGCAUACUGUUGUGUCUGCCGCACUUGCCUGUGGUGUCCAUGUUCCGAUCAGAAGUCAUGUACAAGCUCUGUGGUGACUUUUGUAUCUUCCGCGCUGUUCCAACGAAGCUACAGCGUUCCCAGUAAUUUCCUUCACUUUUUCGUUGACGUAAAACAGUGA